AUGGCUCCUCCCUGGAAUAUGUUUGGCAUCAUUUGUUUUGGUCUGUCUUUGCAACAAUACUUUUUGAUCUUUGUUGCCCUUGCUUCUAGCAAUGUUCAUAUCGUGUACAUGGGGGAAAGAAAACAUGGUAAGCCAGAGCUUGUUUCUAAGUCACACCAUCAGAUUCUCUCUCAUAUACUUGGAAGUAAAGAAGCUGCAAAGGAAUCAAUUCUCUAUAGCUACAAGCAUGGAUUUUCGGGUUUCGCUGCGGUCCUAACUCCGUCUCAAGCUGAGCUUAUUGCAGAUUUCCCUGGAGUUGUAAUUGUGGUUCCAAAUAGAAUUCUCAGUCUCCACACGACUAGGAGUUGGGAUUUUCUGCAUGUGAACCCUUAUAUUCGGAACGGAAUUCUGACGAAGAGCCGAGCAGGCAGUGGUGCUAUUAUUGGCGUCAUGGACACUGGAAUUUGGCCCGAGUCCAAGAGCUUCAAAGAUGACGCCUAUAUGGCAAAGGCGCCAUGUCGCUGGAAAGGGAUAUGUCAACAAGGACUGGAAUUCAAUCUUUCACACUGUAACAAGAAAAUAAUUGGUGCUCGUUGGUAUGUCAAAGGAUAUGAAGCCGAGUUUGGCAUGUUAAAUGCAAGUGAUGGGAUUGAGUUUCUGUCUCCGCGGGAUGCUGCUGGACACGGUACUCAUACAUCGUCUACUGCAGCUGGUUUUCCAGUAGAAAAUGCUAGUUUUAUGGGACUAGCUAGGGGCAGGGUAAGGGGUGGAGCGCCAUCUGCUUGGCUUGCGGUCUACAAAGUUUGUUGGGCAACUGGUGGCUGCAGCUCAGCUGACCUACUCGCAGCAUUUGAUGAUGCAAUCCAUGAUGGUGUGGAUGUGCUCUCGGUAUCUCUUGGCUCUUCACCUCCUCUUCCAUCUUAUAUCGACGAUGUUUUGGCCAUUGGUUCAUUCCAUGCUGUAGCCAAAGGGAUCUCUGUAGUGUGUUCAGGUGGAAAUUCUGGUCCUUAUACCCAAACUGUCAUAAACACUGCUCCGUGGAUUUUAACUGUCGCUGCAAGCACCAUUGAUAGAGGUUUUCCAACUACGAUUACCUUGGGAAAUAAUCAAACUCUUGUGGGUCAGGGUCUCUAUACAAGUAAGGAUUUGGACAAGUUUUAUUCCCUUGUUUAUGGAGAAGACAUUGCAUCUAUUGAUGCAGAUAUAACCACUGCUGGAAGCUGUGAUUCUGGGACUCUGAAUAACACUUUAGCAAGAGGGAAGGUGGUUCUUUGUUUCCAAUCUCGAUACCAGAGAUCGGCUAUAGUUGCGACAAGAACAGUCCUGAGUGCUUCAGGUGUUGGUGUCAUUUUCGCGCAGUCUCCUAGGAAGGAUGUUUCUCAGUCCUGGAAUUUUCCUCUUGUCCGAGUUGACUUUACAAUUGGGACAUCUAUAAUAACAUACAUGGAGACAACAAGAAAUCCUGUCGUCAAGUUCAAUCCAACAAGAACAACCGUGGGACAACAGAUAUCUCCUGAAGUAGCAUUCUUCUCUGCUAGAGGACCCAGUUCAAUUUCCCCUUCUGUUUUGAAGCCUGACAUUGCUGCUCCUGGGGUUAAUAUCUUAGCCUCCUGGUCUCCUGUUGCUUCACCAUUGCAACAAGAUCCCUCUGACAAUCGACAGCUUUCGAUUCAGUUCAAAUUCGAAUCGGGAACUUCCAUGGCCUGCCCUCAUAUUACUGGAAUUGUGGCUCUUCUUAAAAGCAUCCACCCAAACUGGAGCCCUGCUGCAAUUAAGUCUGCACUUGUCACAACAGCAUCUUUGGAAGAUGAAUAUGGCCAAAGUAUAGUAGCUGAGGGAGCUCCUUACAAGCAAGGUGAUCCAUUUGACUAUGGAGGUGGUCAUGUUGAUCCAAACAAAGCCAUAUCUCCUGGUCUUAUAUAUGACUUGGGGACCUCAGAUUAUAUCCGUUUCCUUUGCUCAAUGGGCUACAACAACACUGCCAUAAGCUAUUUGGCUAAUUCAUCAAUCAAAUGCAGCACCAAAUCAACCGAGUUCCUUUUGGACCUUAAUCUGCCUUCCAUCACCAUUCCUGAGCUCAUGCGUAGCUUGACCGUUACAAGAACGGUUACGAAUGUGGGCCCGGUAAAUUCGGUCUACAUAGCUCGUGUUGAAGCUCCCGCCGGUGUGACCGCGAGUGUUAAGCCAUCGGUUUUGGUGUUCAAUUCCACAGUGAAGAAGCUCAAGUUCAAGGUCUCUUUUUGUGCUCGGAUAAGGACUCAAGGGAGAUACUCCUUUGGGAACUUGUUCUGGGGAGAUGGUGUUCAUGUUGUGAGAAUACCUUUGGUGGUUCGAACCGUCAUUAAUGAUUUUUACUCAGAGACAUGAUGGAAUUCUCAUAUAAAAUACGUCUGAAUAACCUCUUGUCACUUUUGAUGGAAAAUCAAGAGGGAGUACGCUAGAUAAGAGUUCUCAUUUGUGAUGAAAUCAUAGUUUCAUUUGGUCAUUUUCAGGAUGUUGUUAAUGUUGUGCCAAAUGCCAAUUGAAGUGUAGAUGAGAUGAAAGAACUACGCAAAAUAAAGCAAUUUACAAAGCUCAACUUAGGGAUGGUAAUUGGGGA